UUGAGUUCUGUUCUGUCUGAUCGAUCGAUACUCCUUGCGAAGAAAGGUUGUGAAGAAGAUGAAGCUAACGUGGAACAAGAACCCUAAGAAACGAUCUCGUGUAGCUCUACCGAACAUCCUCGAUGUUCCUUCCGAGAAGGAAUCUCCAGAGACCAAAUCUCAGUGCCUAGGAGAUGAUUUAGAGGUCGGAGAAAAUGAUGGGAGAGUCGAUCUCGAAGCCAAGAAGCUCGCAGAUUCGUUUAGAGCACAAGGAGACAAGCUCGCUGAGGAAGGAAGAUACGAGGAGGCUCUAGGGAAAUGGGAAGCUGCUCUUAGUAUCGUGCCUGAAAACGCUGUCAUUCAUGAACAAAAAGCUCAAGUCUUUCUUGAGAUUGGUGAUCCAUGGAAAGCACUCAUGGCUGCUACACGAGCUACUGAGUUAGAUCCAUCGUGGGUUGAGGCGUGGACUACUCUUGGAAGAGCACAGCUCAAUUUUGGAGAGCCUGACAGUGCUAUCUGGAGUUUUGAAACCGCCUUAUCCAUCAAUAGAGAUCUUGAGGACGUGUUAUUUAACCCAUUCAACAGGCGGAAUCAAGAGAGGCGAAAGAGGAUUUACAAGCUGCAAAACAACUAAUAAAGAAGAGAGAACAGCUUCAGACGUCAGGACAGGACACUGACGCUAAACGUUUUGUGGUCGGCGACAAGAAAAUAGAGCCAAACUAAUGAACCAGAGACUUGUACUUUAGGCAUUGAGUAGAACUUGUACAGUGUAAUAAGAAACAACAAAUGGAAGAUUGUUCUUCGUCAAGGCAACGACUUAAGCCAUUUGUCUUAGAAGAAUCUUCUGAAACUUUCCAUUAUAAGUACUUUUGAAGUCCUCCUGAAAAAAAACGCAUUCCUUGGCAA